AUGAUGCUACAUCAACAUUUGUUGGGACCGUCAACUUCAAUAAGCGGCAAUACUAAUUCUGUACUUCAGUCAAACGCUCUCUCUGACGGCGUGUUGAUUUCACAUUCUCAUCAACCUCGAGAAGAAUUAAAAACAACUUUCGAAACUAGAGAAGGCGUUUAUCGUGUUAUGACGUUAGCUGAAUAUUCAAGGCCUCGUGGGCCACAACAGGAUUCACCUAGUACUCCAGAUGAUUAUUGGUCUGAUAAGCUUUGCUUCAAUAUCGGACGAGAGCUUUACGUAUAUCAUUAUCGAGGAACGCACGUUGCUGCCGACCUAGCUCGUCCAAUCGAUAAACGUGUUUAUAAGGGCACUGCACCAACGGUUCAUUGCUUCAAUCAGGAAUUAGCACAUCCAAAAACAUGCUCAUUGAUAGUCGGAUUUUCAACGGGACAAAUUCAGAUCAUCGACCCACUUGAAAAAUCGUCACAAACACCGGUUAGUCGAUUGUAUAACGAGGAUCGAACAUGUGAUAAAUCCACCGUAACAUGCAUUCGAUGGCUACCGGGUAGUCCGAAUAUAUUCCUAGCGUCAUACGCGUCCGGCAAUAUUUAUGUUUAUAAUGAAGACGUAGCUACUAUUGUCACACCGCCGUCGUAUAAUAUUUAUAAACAGGGAGAGCGUUUCACAAUCUACACAUGUAAAUCGAAAACUCCCCGAAAUCCGGUUUAUCGUUGGCAGAUUGGAGACGGAGCAAUUCAUCAAUUUAGUUUCUCGGGUUCUGACGCGAAAAUGAUGGCAACUGUUGGUCAUGACGGAUUUUUGAGAAUUUUCAAUUAUCACCAAAUGGAGUUAGUAGCAAUUAUGAAAUCUUAUUUUGGAGGUCUACUUACACUUGCAUGGAGUCCCGACGCGAAAUUAAUAGCAACCGGCGGAGAAGAUGAUCUUCUCACGGUGUUCAGCGUUCAAGAAAGGCGAGUGAUUUGCCGAGGGCAGGGCCACAAAAGCUGGAUAAGUCAAGUACAAUUUGAUUCGUAUUGUUGUACGACGGAAGAAGAUCUCGAGCCGAACGAGGCUUGCGAUACGACCCCGUCGAAAACUGAACGGUCCGAACGGCAUGUUCCACCACAUCCUUCCACAUCAGGGGAUCUGAAUACUACGCCAGUUAUGCGAGCUACUCCUCUUUCGGCGGCAUCAACGCUCUCAAGAUGUUCGUUCGCUUCAUUUGGAACUAUUAAUGGAGCAACUGUAAGAGGCACCGGAAUCUGUUAUAGAAUUGGAAGUGUUGGACAUGACACGUUGCUUUGUUUAUGGGAUAUUACUGAAGAUAUGCUGAAACCUGCCAAUAUUCAACGUCACCGUAAUUCAACCAUUAUUGCUCCAAUGGCUGGCUUAGAAAUUCAAACAUCGCCGCUUGCUGGGAGGCUUGAUAUUUUGACGGAAGCAUCUCCUGGAGGAGCUGGAACAUCAACGUCUGCUGAACCGUUUCCAGCUCAAAAUCCUGUUCAAUUGAAGGCAGAGAAGCCGCCGAAAAAGAAAAGAUUCCACCGGCGAGGCUUCACUAUAGGUCGUCUGAAUGUGGGUGGAGGAUCAUCAAAUUCGUCGAAUUCGACAAAUGGUGUUAAAAACACAAUCGGGUUGACGAACGGAACCUCUCACGCUUCAGAAAAAAAAUCGAAUCACAUUUUAACCACACAAAUCAGUUGCUGCGACGAAACGCGUUUACUUGGAUCACGAAUAUGCCCUAGAAUUCAAGAUGUACCGGUGAUAGAGCCACUAAUGUGUAAAAAGAUUGCCCAUGAGAGACUGACUGUACUUGAAUUUCGAGAAGAUUCCAUUGUAACUGCUUGCCAAGAAGGAUAUAUUUGCACAUGGGCUCGGCCGGGGAAAGCACCCAAUAAUCAACAAAAUUUACCAAAACGUGAUUGCAUCAAUUCACCGUCAGCAGCCAGUCCAGAACUUCCGCCCAAAAAUUCGGAUUCUCAUAUUUCAAGUUGGGCAUAUGGAUCGGAUCAAAUUAAUAUGAAUAAUGUUCAACCGACGAGAUCUACGAGCAGUUACAGUAAUAGUGAGUUCUUCUUUUAUCUUUAA